AUGCCUCCGAUAAACUUGCACAUCCACAGCCCCAUCAACGCAGCAAAAGCGUCUGAUCCGCAGGACACCAAGACCGCAACUCCAGAGGGGCAGUCAAGCUCAGGAACAGUUCUCAACGCCAACCCCGAUCCCCAACCCACCGGGUCCGCCACUCUCAACCAGCCUACGCCCACCUACCUCACCUCCGACCGGACUCCUCCACCUCCCCAGCCCGGGGCAGUCCCGAGUCUUCCCGCCCAAACCGCGGGGACUGGCACAGCAGCCACCCAAGGGCAAGACGUUGAAUAUGCCCAUCUCCCCCCGCAACCAUCAUCUCAAUACUACCCAGGGAAUCCAGCAGCACCAGCACCACAUGGCCCAAUAACCAGUCCACCGCACCAAAUGUCCAUCCCCCCACCAACCGCUUCCUACAACUACUCCCAACACGGAACGUCUACCACCACCAUCCCACCACCUCCCACGAGAACCCUUCCGACCUAUCUCCCUGCUGGUGCUUCCCCGGCUGAGCUUGGCCUUGGACCCAGACCUGGAGCUGGAUCUGGAUCCGGAGGAGGAGACCUCUCUCAUCCUCCCGGGUACCAACAAGACGCCAUGGCGUCGGAUAUGAACCAGGCGCAGCGCGCAGCGCACGAAUAUGCUGCUUCUCAAGGAGGUCACGGUCACGGUCAGGGUCACGGUGGCGAUGACGACGAAGAAGGGGUCUGGAACUCGGCGAAGAAAUGGAUUCAGGAUGCUGGGGCGAAGGUGGCGGAGGCGGAGAGUGAAGUAUGGAAGAGGAUCAAUAACCAGAAGUAAUGAGGGAUGGGGCCUGCUAUACAAUACUCCGUGGGGGCCCGGACAUUGUAGUGUCCGUGACUCGGUGGAGAAGGGGAAAGUGGAGGUUUCGAGUCUGUUGAGGUGAGGGUGUGUGGCGUCGGGAGUGUUCGGACUGGAAUGAC